CUAUUUCUCAUCUUUGGACUGCGCCGGAAUAGGACCCGUGGUUGUCAGUCUAGACAGCACGGCCCUUAACGGUACCUAGGCUCGCACUCGGGACCUGCGAACCCCGAGACGGCCGUUUAUUUGAGUGUGAUUACAAUUGUAUUGCCAUCAAUUAAAUGCAGAGGGGCUAGAGAGGUGUUGCACACAGAACCAUGAGUCCAGACACUGUGCAGUGGGCACUGCUGUGCCUCUGUGCGCUACUUGGAUUUGUUCAAGCCCAGGAAGGAGACGACAGUCGAUGCAAGAAUCUCGCCGAAGGCGGGUUCUAUCUGCCCGACAAAAUGAAGCCGUGCUAUAAAUGUUUCUGUCAUGGCGGGAAAGCGAAAUGUCGUGACGUAGAAUCGGAGUGCAACUAUGACUUCAAUUGUGAUCCCAGUGACGUCAUAGUUCCCUUCCUCGAGUGCUGCCCUGUGUGCAAACAGGAGCUGCAGCGACAGGAAGCGGUACGUGGCGAAAAUGACUUUGAAGAACAACCGGUGGUCCUUGUACCUGUCAUGUCUGCUGACGAGAAGGCUGGUCCUAAUUGGCAGCAUGGAAACCAGUUUGGACCACAAAUGAUGUCCGCUGGCGUUCCUGGACCCAGAGGCCCUGCUGGAUCCCCAGGUCAGCCGGGCCCCCAGGGCUUCCCCGGCCCCCGUGGAGAGACCGGAGAACCCGGACAAUCCGGUCCCGCUGGACCACGUGGACUUCCGGGACCGAUCGGACCACCAGGAAAUGACGGAGACGAAGGCAUGACGGGAGAGACCGGACCACCAGGUCCAACAGGCAACCCAGGUGACGCGGGCCGGCCAGGUAUCCCCGGACUGCCCGGACCAAAGGGACACGUUGGAAUGCCUGGCAGACCCGGACAACGCGGUGAGGACGGUCGUCCCGGUGACAAGGGAGAGGUGGGUGCAGUCGGAGCCCCUGGCGGUCCCGGCCCCAUGGGAGCGGCUGGAGCAAUAGGCGAGAGAGGACGCGAUGGAUCACCCGGAGCACCUGGAUUGCCCGGUACUGACGGAAAGAUUGGCGAGCGUGGAGCCCCGGGCAACAUCGGACCCCCAGGUCCUCCUGGCUUCCCUGGUGCAUCAGGCGCUAAGGGUGAUGCUGGACAACCCGGAUCACGCGGAUCUACUGGUCUCCCAGGACCUGACGGACAGAACGGAAGUCCCGGCCAGCCAGGAGAACCCGGACCACCAGGACCGCCCGGUACAGAUGGCGAACCCGGAAGUAAAGGAGACCAGGGCCCCAGCGGACAGCCCGGCGCCACAGGAUUCCCCGGACCCCAGGGACCACCCGGACUCUCUGGAACCCCGGAGCCGCCGGAGCUAAAGGAGAAGCUGGUAAGGAUGGACUACCCGGAGGUGACGGUGAGCCAGGUAUGCGUGGAGCCCCAGGAAACUCCGGCGAACGAGGUCUUCCUGGUCUAGCAGGCGCACCCGGAAAUAGAGGACCCAUCGGAGCUUCUGGACCGCCAGGCCCACCCGGUAACCAAGGCGAGCCUGGUAUGCCAGGCUUGCAGGGAACUCCCGGAGCCCCUGGAAAUCCAGGCCCGACCGGAAAAGACGGCGAGAGGGGACCGGAAGGCGAGCGCGGAG